UCCAGAGCCGCGCGGUGGCGGCUCCGACACGUGUUGUUGGCUUUGGAUGCCCAGAUCGCAGGUAUGUCGUGCGGUGCUUUCCCGGCGCGCGUUUCUUGCCGUCCAUUUGGAAGUUAGGCUGGUGGCUGCACUGUGGAGUGGCGGCGUCUGCAAGACUCUACCUCUACCUCCACGUGAAAGACGGGACCUUCACCCGGCUCUUCAAGGCGCUUGCACUUGCGCUUGCCCUUCUCUUUAGGGCCCCUGUUGUGCCACGAUGCAGCAGGCUUUAGAACGAGCUCUGGACCGUGCGGAGUAUGUCAUUGCCAGUGCCCAGCAGAGGCCUCCUAAAAGGAAAGGCUCAGCGAGUGGGGGCGCAUCUCUGGAUGAAAAACUUUAUGACCUAUAUGUGGAAGAAUGCGGGAAAGAGCCUGAGGCUACGGAGGAAUUAAGAAGCAACGUGAACUUGUUGGAGAAGCUCCUGAGGAGAGAGUCGUUGCCGUGCUUAGUGGUCAACCUAUACCCAGGAAAGGAGGGAUAUUCGCUGAUGCUCGAGGGCGAAAAUGGAUCCUAUUCGGAGACCAUUCGACUGCCUUACGAAGAAGGGGAGUUGCUCGAAUACUUGGAUGCUGAACAAUUGCCUCCUGCUCUGGUGGAUCUCCUGGAAAAAUCUCAGGUUAACUUUUUUCACUCUGGGUGUGUCAUAGCCCAGGUACGGGACUACCGGCAGUGCAGUCGGGAACCUCCCGGCUACGCGAGCAGGCACGUUCUCCUGCGGCCAACGAUGCAGACGUUAGCCUGCGACGUGCAGUCCAUGACCAGCGAUGACCAGACCUGGACCCAGGAAGACAGGCUUUUGCUGGAGAGCCAGCUGAUCUUAGCCACGGCCGAACCUCUGUGUCUUGAUCCUUCUGUAUCAGUAGCCUGCACUGCAAACAGGCUGCUCUAUAACAAGCAAAAGAUGAACACUGGCCCCAUGAAAAGGAGCUUCAAGAGGUAUUCUGCACCCUCCCUGAACCGGCAGCAGGAGCUGUCUCAUCGUCCACCUCCUGCUGAGCUGAGAGUAUGGGCCUCUUGCAAGAAAAGCAGAGAAAGGCAAGCGGGUCCGCAGCACGACCUCAAAAUUUCUAAAGCGGGGAACUGCGUCGAUAUGUGGAAACAGAGACCCUGUGACUUGGCCGUACCUUCCGGAGUGGACGUGCAGAAAUACGCCAGGGGGAAGAAAUCCGCCAGAUACGAUGGCUCGCCACCAACGGCCUGGCCAGCCCACAAGGUAGAAGGUGAUUCCGUAUUGGGCUAUGAAGCUGGCGGUGAGUCUCAGACAGCGCAGCUGACUUCCGUGCAGCCGCCGAAUGACCCACCUUUGUGUGGAAGAAGAAGGCCCUGCAAAGAAGCCAGACGUGAGGGACAGGGGUCUCCUCCGCACUCCUCCACAGACGACCAUCCAGACAGUGUCCGGCCUGGCUCAAAGACGGAUGCUGGGACGGAAGCCAUUCGGUCAGCUGUCUUGGUCCAGCGCAAGGCCAAGUGUCCCGCCACCGCGUCACACGGCUCCAGUGGCCCAGCCAGCCUCAGCCAGCCGCCUCCCGGGAAAGAAACAGCACAGCCUGAGACGGUGUCGGUUUGGUCUUCAGUCCUGGGGAAGGGAGUCAGCCAUCCACCUCUACGCUUCAGACCUUCCUGGAGCUCAGGAGGGACUCGGUCGGGCAACAGUUUCACCCCAGUGGAGGCAAGAGGCUUCUUUAAAUCUCCAGCUCCUGCUCCUGCUCCCGCUCCCGCUCCUGCUCCUCAGCCCCCGAGUCUUUCCCAGAAUUCGUCUGUGGACGUGAAUCGAGUGAGCAUGUUUCCCGCAGCCGCCCUGUCCAGCAGCAGCUCGCCACAAGGAACCCUGGCCCCCCUGGUCACGGCCAACUCCCAGCAGUCCUCUGCGGGAGCGACUCGAGGUAGCACGCUUCCUGCAGCCACACUGUCCACCGCCGGCUCAUCACAGACAACCCUGGCCCCCCCGGUCACGGCCAACUCCCAGCAAUCCCCUGUGAGAGUGAUUCGAGUUAGCAUGCUUCCUGCAGCCACACUGUCCACCGCCGGCUCAUCACAGACAACCCUGGCCCCCCCGGUCACGGCCAGCUCCCAGAAACCCUUUGCGAAACAGGUGACUCAAGUUAGCAUGUUUCCCGCGGCCACCCUACCCACUACCGGCUCAUCACAAAGAAGCCUGGCCACCCAGGUCACGGCCCGCUCCCCUGGCCCCAACAUCAUCCAGCUGGCGGGCCCGGUCUGUGGAGCCCAGGCUUUGGCGAGGGGUUCCAGGCCCGGGCAGGGCUCUACCGCUGGGGCCACAGAUCCUGCGGGAAUCCAGCCCGGCAGCCUGCCCUCGGGAGCUCGGCCACCAAAUGCAGUGCGCACUGCAGCACAGGCUGCGUCUCCAGUCCGCGUUCAGUUUUUUUUAAAAAAUGCUUCAGGCCUCAAGCCGGUGACUCUGCUGGAGCUUCCGCAAGGUUCGCUCCCUUUGAACGCCCAGCAGCAGCCAGAGCAGCGGCUCUAUCAGUUGAUUCCACAAGAACAACUUCAGCAAGCCUCCGCUUCUGGUCCUUGGCAGCCAGUGCCACGGGGUCCCGGUGCCCGAGGCCCAGCCCCUCCAGAGACGGCCUCACCUGCUCAGCAGGCCGUUGUCCUGAACCUCCUGGGACAGGGACGGGGCCGGGGACAGGGACGGGGACAGAGACAGGGACAGGGACAGGGGAGUUUGCUGCAGCCCCAGGCAGCUGUGUUGUCUCUGCUUGGCUGUGCUGCAGAGAACCAGGGAAGAGCCCGGCCGAGCGGCCCUCGGCACACGCUGCAGCUGUCCCCUGCCUCGCAGCCGUGGCCACAGCAGCAGGCGCAACAGCAUAGAAUCUUGCAGCACCCGGUGGCCGUGACAACUGUAGCCACCCAGACGGCUCAGCCUUCUUGGGGCCAGCGGGCCGCAAGCCAGUCCGAAGGUAAAAAGAACAGAGGCCCGCCUUCCCCUCCCAGAUCCUGAGUCUCACUCAUUUCCUCUCUUUAAAAACACCAGAGCGUCGGCCCAAGUGAACUCCGAGGUUUUCCUUCGUUUGGGGUUUUUUGAUUUUUGCUCUUUUAACGUGUCAGCAUCUUACCUUUAGAUGUACGAACUGUACAGAAGCGCAACCUCGUGAGUUUUGCACAGAAACAAGGCAGUGAUUUAAGAAACUGGGAUCGUUUUGCUUAAAGUGAUCGAAGUGCCCAGUUCAGUAGUGCUCAGUAUAUUCACACUGCUGCGCAGCGCGUCUCUAGAAUUGCUUUCAUCCUGCAGAAGCGACGCUCUUGUCCCCGUCAAGCACCAGCUCCCCAUUUCCCUGUCCCCCAGCCCAGGCAUGCACGGUAUCAUUUUCUGUGUCCGCGAGUGUGACUGCUUUAGAGCCUUCGGAUAAAGUGCACUCGUGGAACAGGAGGUGUCCUUCUGUGACUGGCUUACUUCACUUAGCGUAACGUCGUCACCGUCAAGGCUCACCCCUGACGCGUUGUAGCGUGGACGGGAAGGCCAUAGGUUUUUAUGGGGCGCCUGGGUGGCUCGGUCGGUUAAGGGUCUGGCUUCAGCUCAGGUCAUGAUCUCGCGAUUUGUGAGUUCGAGCCCCGCGUUGGGCUCUGUGCUGAGAGCUCGGAGCCUGGAGCCUGCUUCAGAUUCUGUGUCUCCCUCUGUCUCUGCCCCUCCGCUGCUCAUGCUCUCCCCCCGCCCCCCCCCCCCCGUCUCUCUGUCUCUCUCUCAAAAAAUGAGCGAACGUUAAAAAAAAAAAAUGUAAUGGUGUCACUGCACAUAAUCGGUACUGAACUGACCUAUUAAUGUUUAUCUAUUUUUGAGAGAGAGAGAAUGCACGAGUUGGGGGAGAGUCCGAGAGAGAGGGAGACACAGAAUCCGAAGCAGGCUCCAGGCCCUGAGAGUUCAGCACAAAGCCCGACGGCGGGGCUUGAACUCCCAAACUGUGAGGUCAUGACCUGAGCCGAAGUCGGGUGCUUAACCAACUGAGCCACCCGGGCGCCCCUGAAGUGACCUGUUAAAUAGGAGAAACACCUUUCGGAAGAACGUCGUUUGGUGUGUGUCAAAAAGGUUCGCGUGCAGCGUAUUAAAUGCAAUCCUUACGAAUUAGUUUUGAAAGAAACUGUGAAAACUACCAAAAGAUGAUGCUUGUCAGGCUCACAUGGAGGAUGUGGGAGCCCUCCCAACGUGCAGAGUGGCUCAGGGGCACCCGUGUUGGGGGCGGUCCACAGGCUGAGCUCAGCCCUUCUCCUCCAGGUACAAUCACUGGGCCUGAAAAGGCACUUGUGGGAGGUCUUUGCUUUCUCCCUAUCAAAUCAUUUGCUUGUUUUAGAACUCCAGGUUAUUUGCAGAGAUUGAACAGCUAAACAUUUGAAAAUGAGUUUUGUUUGUUUGCUUUUCAAGCGUUUGCUACCUUGGUCACUUCUGAGGUGGAAUCCACCCCCCCCGGCCCCCCACCCAUUCCUGCCUGUCCCCUCCCGGUGAUCAUCACUUGUUCGGCAGCCCCUGCUCCCUCGUGUCUGUUCCUUCUGUCUUGUGUCAGUGGGGCUCAGCAGAUCCCCAAAGUUCGUUCUCUUUCGCCUUUCUUUUUAUCGAGGUGUAAUUCACAGAAGCGACAAGGAACCAUUUUAAAGUUACGGCCGCGUGGCAUUGAGCGCCUUUACGUUGCUGUGCGACCACCUCUUCUAUUUCCAAGACGUUUUCAUCACCCCAGAGAAAUCUCUGUAGCCACUAAGCACGGGGGUCCCGUCCACCCCGCCCCCCCCCCCCCCCCGCCCCGGAAACACCAAUCUGCUUUCUGGUCUGUGGACUUUCCUGUUCUAGAUGCUUGCCAAUGAUGGAGUCAAAUGGUAUGUGACCUUUUUUGUCUGGCCUCGUUCACUUGGCAUAGUGUUCAAGGUUCCUCUUCGGUGUAACACGGAUCGGGCUUCGUCCGUUCUUUCAUGGCUGAAUAAUAUUCCCUUGUCAGCACAGACCGCAUUUAGCUCCUCCGUUAUCCACUGAUGGACACGGAGGUUGCUUCCAGCCUUUGGGCAUUGUGAACGGCGUUGCUAGGAUCCUUGGCGUUUGAGAGCUUCGUCUGUUUUGUUCCCUUGCCAUUUCCAAAGGGCAACCUGUCCACAUAAAAUUUGUUUUCUACGUACACAUGCAUGUGUCCCUACCUCUUGCCCUAAGAAAGAAGGGAAAUGUGGCCUGGCAGUUCCAAAAGAGAUGAGUGAAAAGGCGGGUAACCGGUGGGUGACUCCCACGUGAUCGACCCGGCUGUGCUAAUGGGCUACGGACCCUGGCGACGGAGGAUUUUGGCCAACUUCAAGCAAACGAGUCAGAUGUGCCACGUGAGUGACAGGGAGCCCAUGAGAGCUUUGUGUAACCCAUCGUGGACAUCUUUGGGUGUGGUGGCUGCGCUUUGAAGAAGUGAACUUGCUCAGGAGAGUGUGUGCUAGGCCUUGGGAACCAGCUAGACGCCCGUGCUCAGAAUCUCACCUGAUUCGAUGUACUUGUUUCCUUUUGCCCUCUAUCUGGCCCUUUUUUUGUACUGGUGACCCUUGAACCGGGUGGGGGUUAGGGGCGCCGAUUCCCCACAAAGUCAAAAAUCUGUGUGUAGCUUUUGCGUAACCAAAAACUUAAUCCCUAAUAGCCUACUGUUGACCAAACACCUUACCGCUCACUUAAACCGUCGAGUAAUAUAUUUUGUACGUUAUAUGCGUUACAGACUGUAUUCUUACAAUAAAGUAAGUAGAAAAAGUCAAAUGUUAAGGCAAUUAUUAGGAAGAGAAAAUAUUGUGUGGCAUGUACCAAGUAAAAUCUGCAUAUAAGUGGGCCCAUGAAGUUCAAACUCGUGUUGUUCAAGGUUGAACAUUUUGCAGGGAGACACCAACUGAACUUGUGCUUGAGCAAUGUGAUGCUCGCCUCCUGGACCAGCAAAUAAA